GUGACUGUGUGCAAGUGUGAAGCUUGUACCCCAGCGGGGAGAAAGCUCUGCCCACAGAUGGCACCUUUCCGGCCCACGCUCGGGCUGCCACCUGCGCAGCUACCUGAACGGGGGACACGCUCCCCGCUUUGGCUCCCCGGGGGCAGGUGUGCGCGCCAGGUGGGGGUGCCACUUGCCCCGGAGCUGGGAGCCGAGCAGCGGCCCUUGCAGGAGGUGAGGCGAGCAGGGGUCCGCCCCGCGCUGGGCUGGAAGCAGGGAGGAGGGGCCGUGCCUCUGCACCGCAUCGCCGCCGCGGGAGCCCCAGGCACGGCGCCGCAGCUGGACGCCUGGCAGGCAGGUUGCUCUGAGCGCGGCCCUGCACUUCCUGCACCGCUCCAGGCGGGACCCUCCCGGCUCGGCAUGGCGUGCUGCUGGGGCGAGUACCAGGUUUCUGUAGAUGGGAUUUCUGGACAAAGAGAAUGGAGACCUCUAAUUUAUAGAAAAUGCACAGAUGUACUCUGGUUGAUUUUAUUCUUUCUUUUUUGGGCUGGUUUGAUGUUUAUAACUGGCUAUGCGGUAACAGCUGGAGCUGCAGAAAGACUUGUAUUUGGGUAUGACAGCUAUGGGAAUAUAUGUGGUAGGAAGAACACAUAUAUUCAAGGUGCACCUCUUUCUGGACAGGAUAUGACAAAUAAAAAACAUGUGUUCUUUUUGAAUUCGUGCAGUCUGGAAAUUAAAAACCUUAAAAUCAAUUCAAUCGCCUUGUGUGUAUCUAGCUGUCCUCAAGAGCAACUUAACUCUCUGGAAGACAUCCAGCAUUUUGCAAAGAACAAUGGUUCUUGCCUUUGUAUUUAUAACUUGAACAUUUCCAGUUACACGCUAAAUCCAAAGGCGGCUGAGCUGUGUCCCACACUGCCAGUUCCACCAAGCAAAUCCUUCCCAUUGUUUAAUCGAUGUGUUCCACAAAACCCUGAGUGCUAUUCGCAGUUUGCAUCCAUCUUGAUAAAUGUGGUUAACGAAGUUGAUGUUUUUCAUCGUAUUCUGAGUGGAAUAAUGGCUGGAAGAGAUACUGUAAUAGGACUGAGUGUCCUUGCACUAGCCUUCUCUUUAAUAAUGGUUUUAACCUUCAGAUUCAUCACCACACUUCUGGUCCAUAUUUUCAUUACACUAGUUGUGUUUGGAUUAUUAUUUGUCUCCGGUGUUCUGUGGUGGCUCUACUAUGACUACACUAAUGACCCAAGCAUAGAACUGGAAACUGAAAAAGAAAAUGUAAAAUUUUUACUUGGAUUUGCUAUCAUAUCUACCAUGAUUACGAUGGUUCUACUUUCCCUCAUAUUUGUACUAAGGAAGAGGAUUCAGCUGACUGUACAGCUCUUUUGGGUUGCUAAUAAAAUAAUUAGCAGGGUCCCUUCCCUACUGUUCCAGCCACUAUGGACCUUUGUGAUUCUCGUUUUCUUCUGGGUGUUCUGGGUUGCUGUGCUACUUAGCUUAGGAACUGCAGGUAGUGCACAAGUCAUUUCAGGAGGACAAGUAGAAUAUAAAAUUCUGUCUGGCAUUCGCUACAUGUGGUGGUACCAUUUAGUUGGCCUUAUCUGGACUAGUGAAUUCAUCCUGGCUUGUCAGCAAAUGACUAUCGCUGGAGCAGUGGUGACUAGCUAUUUCAACCGACAUAAGAGUAGCUCGCCACGACACCUGAUCCUGUCUUCCAUAUCAGUUCUUUUUUGCUAUCAUCAAGGAACAGUUGUAAAAGGGUCGUUUUUAAUCACAAUAGUGAGAAUUCCAAGAAUUAUUCUUAUGUACCUUUAUGAUGCCCUAAAAGAAAAGGAGAGUGCAUGUGCAAGAUGCAUGUUCAAAUGCUGUUUCUGCUGCUUUUGGUGUCUAGAAAGGUGCCUAAGAUACUUUAACCAGCAUGUAUACACCACAACAGCCAUCAAUGGGACAAAUUUUUGUACCUCAGCAAAGGAUGCUCUCUUUAUUUUAGCAAAGAAUUCUGCUAAUAUAGCAUUCAUUAAUUGUUUUGGAGACUUCAUCAUUUUUCUAGGAAAGGUGUUUGUUGUAUGUUUCACAGUUUUUGGAGGGUUAAUGGCAUUUAACUACCAUCGUGAGUUCCACGUAUGGGUAGUUCCUCUGUUGCUAGUUGCACUUUUUGCCUGCUUGGUAGCCCACAGCUUUUUGUCGGUUUUCGAAGUGGUCAUGGAUGCCCUGUUCUUUUGUUUUGCUAUUGAUAUGGAAACAAAUGAUGGAUCUCCAGAGAGGCCAUACUUCAUGGAUCAAGAAUUACUGAGUUUUGUGAAUCACAGCACCAGGCUAACAGAGUGGGAGAAAAACAGAAAGCAAAAGACCCCCCAAAACAAUGAAGAUGGUACAGAACUACAGCCUAUGGUGAGACGGGAACAAAGACGAUGUGAUGAGGACAUCAAAUAACAUGUUGUCUCCCAGGUGUACUACAAGAAUGGGGAUAGACUGUAAAUAUUUAUUUCCUACUUUAUGAUUUCUUGCAGCAGCCAAAUUUUUGAGCCCCAGGGGUUUCAUCCCUUCAUACUAAUCAUUGUUACUGACACUGGAAGCUCAGGGCCAGAUUGUGGCCGUGAACGGCCAGCAGUGAACUCUGCUGGUAUAAACCAGGCAGAGCUGGCUUUUGUGCCAACCACCCUUCCCAUCCCCAGCAUAGAGAGGGAUGAAGAGGCGCAGAGAGAGCAUGUGGCAGGAUUCCUCACAGCCACAUUGAUCCUCCAUUGGCAUAAAGGCUCAAAAGGUCUUAAGUGUAAAUUACUGUAGUGCUAGGUUGAUCUAAUUCACACUGGGACUGGUAUAGAUUUCCUGCUCCCAUGCACUGAGCAGUGCUCAGAUGUGGGGGAGAAUCUGGCACAUGUUUUAAGCUGAUAUUUUUGUUUGAUUGUGCUUUACACUGUUUAAAAAUUAUGAGGUGAAAAAAGGGAGAUGCCCCCUCAAGAUGCAGUUUCAGACUUAAAGACUAAGGGUGUGUCUUCAAGCACAAUUAACUCAAGUUAUAAUUUCAAUGUUACCCCUAGACUCCCAUCCACACUCACAAAUCUCUAGCUUGAGUUAGGCCAUGUCUACACUACAUAGUUUUGUCAACAUAAAGCAGCUUAUGUUGACCUAACUAGAGGUGUACACACUGCAGUGCUCCUCUGGCUGCUUUAACUCGCCUGCUACGCUGACAUAAUAAAACCACCUUGAUGAGAGGAAUAGAGCUUAGGGCAACGUAGUUAGAGUGACGCAGUGUCAGUGUAAACACUGCGUUGCUUACAUUGCCCUAAGUGGCCUCCAGGAGGUAUCCCACAAGGCCCACCAUGACAGUUCUGGUUACCAUUUUGAAUUUCCCUGCCUGCAGCCUGGUAUACAAGUGAACACCCCUCACCUGUUAAAGCCCGGGGAAGUUUUGAACUUGCUCUUCC